AUGCUCUCCAUGAGGGGAAAGUUGCAAAAAUCGAAGGUUGGAGGUGUCAAGGAUUUCCAUGCAGAAGAAAAUCGAAACAUGGCAAACACGUUGAGAGGCAAAGUAAGAGAAAAGUUUAAAAAUGCUAAGAUUACUCAAGGUGAAAAAUCUUCAACUCAGCACAUUGAUAAGGUAUUGCAUAAUCGAUCAUUGUUUAACCCACAGACUAAAGUCUCAUCAGAGGAAGGUCUUUCAUUUUUCAUUCUGACUGGUGAAGAAGGCUCAGCUUUGGACCAGUCUUCAGAACAGAAAUCAGUAAAUGAUAGUUACUCCAAACAUUCUUCACUUGGUGCUAAUUUACAAAAUGUUGCUGAGAGCCAAGAUGAAAAUUUUAUGGAAAAAGUCAUUUUUACAGAUUUACUUGAAGUAAAAGCUGCUGAAUAUGAAGAUGAUCAAGAACAAAUUAAAAAGCAGCAGGCAAAUAUUUUUGUGCCAAGUAGCUCUCCAGUGGACAGCCAGCAUAAACUGCCAAAAGGUAUGAUACCACGCAUUUUAGAAGAUGAAGGGUUCUAUAUUCAGAGAAAGCCAGAAAUAUAUAAAAAGACCUGCAACAAAAUGGAAAAUCGCCUGCUUAAAUUAGAAGAGGGAAAGUGUUGGUUUGAAGAAAGUGGAGAAUUAAUAUCAUUACCUACACCUAUUAAAGAGUCAUGGAGUUCUUUACUAAACAUAAGCAAGGAAUCUUCAAAUCCAGCACUAAAGACCACAUACAGGAAGGCAGUAAAAUAUGACGUAGGAAGCUCUUUUAGGGAGAAAAUGGAAAAUCAAAGGGAAGUGUACCAAUUAGAUCUCAACAUUGUGGGUUUGCAAUUCAGCCACCAUCAUCUCUUCAAUCAAGAACAAGUGUUAUGUGCUAGGCUGCUCCAACUUUAUGAAUAUUUUCAGGACAGGCAGCAACAGAAUUUACCUCAGCUGCUUUAUGAGAAGCUGAAAGCAUUGACAAAUGCUACCAAAUUAGCAAAUGAAAAUUUGGAAAUAAACCAGCUGACCAGAAAAUCCCUACAAGAUUAUUAUUGGCAGAUAAGUAAUACUAAACAGCUAUAUGACUUAGAAAGGGAAAAGGACUUCUCCCUACUACGUAGUAUAAUACGGACUUGGAAACAGAUAAAAUCUCUUCGACGAUGGCAAGGGUUUACAAGCACCCCGAUAAAGUUACAGGUCCAGAGGCUCCCUAUGAAUAAAUAUGCACAAGAACAAGAGCAAAUGUCAGAAAUAUCUCAGACUGAGAAGAAAACUAAAGGAAAAGCACUUAAUGAAGAAAACCAGGAGAAACUGUCAUAUUUAGGUGCAGAAUUUGAAGAAGUAGAAAUUGAAAGAAUAAAGCCAAUUACUUUGAUGCCACAACUUUCCUUCACUGCAGAAUUAACAAACUUAUCCAAGUGUUCACUGCAUGAACAAAAGAGGAGAGCCAAAAUUCAGAAGCUUAAGUACUUUAUUAAAAUAUUUUACAAUGAUAAGCAAGUUUCUCGUACUUCAGUAUCUUCCCUACAGUUUGAUUUUAAAGUCAUGUUUCAGCAAAUUUUCAAUAUGCAGUUAUUAUAUUGGCCUGAAACAAUUUGCUUGAAGGUUUAUGAAGUAAGUAAAAGUACAAGCUUACUGGCAAAACUAUACUUGCCUUUACCUAACUACACAGAACUGAAAGGCAAAACUGUUUUGGAAUAUGCAGAGUUUGGCUCUGAGAAGCCGGUCACACCUAAGGAUGGAGAAGUACGAAGCAAUGUGCCUUUUAUUGUUGAGGGAGGUGGAACUGAAGAACUGUGUCUUUUAACAUCAGGAAAACUGAGCUAUUCUCUAUCAUGGGCCUUAGAUGAAAAUGGCAUUCCUCUGACACCUCUGUCCCAGCCAUCAAGAUCUGCUUACUGCAGUGUGUUAAGGAAUGUAAAUGCAAGAGGGGUUCCUGGAAUUCCAUGGCUCAUUGAUGCACAGAAGCUUUUUGAAUGGUCAAACGAAGUCAGAAUUGAUCCAAAUAAUCCAGAAUAUUCUGAUUUAAUGGAAUUUAUUAUGUACAUGAGACAUAAGGAGCAGGUUAUUCCAAAAUAUUUCCGUCUUGAACAGUUGCAAGAUGAAUUUAACUUUGUUUCUGAAGAGGAGAUGAAAAAGAGUAAACGUUUCCAGCUAUUGCAGCUUAGAAAUGCAGGUCAAUUAGAUAUUUUCCUUCUGCAGCAAAUGCCUGCCUAUGAUAGAGAAAUUCCAGAUUCGGUCUUCCAGGAGUCUGAAAGUCAGAUCGAGAAGGAUGUAUCCCUUUCAGAUGUGAAUUCUAUUACUGCACAAAGGAUUAAUUCUGCCAAUUUUCUGAAAAAGAUGAGAAGAUUGAUAAUGAAAAGAAUUGCCAAAAUUAGCAAAUUUAACUUGUCAGAUAUUGUGAAUGAUUAUGAAGAAAUUGCAUCUACAAGCCAGUUGACAGAUGCAAUUUGUAAGUUUGUUGAACCACAAAGAAAGUUAAAGCCUCAGAGGAAAGAAAGGAAAAAAGUCACAGCACAAACUGUCUCUGAUGGAGAUCUUAAAAUUCUUAUCAGAAUAGUGAGGGCCUAUAAUAUUCCUACAAGGAAAACAAUAGUUAAUAGAGUCUUGGAUAUGCCUAAUUCUUUGAUGUCACCUAUAUCUUGCCUCAGACAGAAAGACACAAUCCAAUCAGCAGCCUCAGAUGAGAUCCUAAAUGAGGAUGCUGUACACCCUUUUGUGGAAGUUUCUUUUCAGCACACUGUAUACCAAACCAAUACUACAAGUGGAUCUCAUCCAUGCUGGAAUGAAGAAAUUAAAGUAGAUUUUAUCUCACCAGGACAUGAUUAUAGCUUCUCAAGCUUAUCUAAAAUAAAAGAUUAUAUAUAUAUUAACAUUUUUGAUGAAAUGAUGAUUGAAAAGCAUGAGGUUCACUGUCUCAAGAGCUGUAGUGGUCAUUCAUAUGUAAGAAAGAAUUGGCUUGGAUCUAUCAUCUUUCCCUUUUCUGCUCUUCUGCAACAAUCGGAGAUUAGUGGAACAUUUCAAGUAAAUAUUCCACCAGUUUUGCUUGGGUAUACUUGGAGUAAGACUUAUAUAUCUCCUAAAGAAGAUUACAAUUGGCAGAAUUUAAAAGAAUGUACCUUCUUAAAUAUUUUUGCUACCAUUGAACCUCAAAUAUCAUAUGUUACCUAUAAUCCAAAACCAGAUAAGUUUUCAGAUCAAAUAGAUGUUUUGCAAAGAGCACAGAUUUUUAAAAAAAAUUGCAAGGCAAUGUUUCCUAACCGAAGAAUCAUAACUACUGUCUUUAAUGAUGAAGGGAAACAGAUCUUAGUAACAAGAUACAUCAAGGCAUUAAAUCCACCUCGGCAACUUCUGGAUAUGUUACUUCAUGAUUCUAGUGCAACACUUGACAUCAUUUCUCGAUUUGUAUCUUUGAUUCCCUUUAUGCCUGAUACACUGGAUGAAAAUGAUGGUUUUGAUAUAUGGUUGACAUCAGAGUGCUGCAUCAGUUUGGCUAUUGGAAAUAAGGAGGAGCAUGCCAUACUUCUCUGUAAUUUCUUCCUGUAUUUGGGGAAGAAGGCGUUUGUCCUACUGGGAACCUCAGUGUUAGAAGGGCCCGUGGCUUAUGUAUUAACUCAAGAAACUGAUGAAUAUUUGCUUUGGAAUCCAUCAACUGGGCAACAUCAUAAGCAGUUUGACCCAUUUUGUCCCUUACAAAGUGUAGAUUGUUUGUUUGAUGAUAGAAAUGUCUGGUUUAAUAUUCAACAAAAUAAUAUACCAAUGGCUGUACAUUUUGACUAUUCAAAGGAAAGUUUCUGGAAACAGUUGCUUCCAAACAAUUUUCAAGAGACAGCACAAAGCAUACAGCCUGAAGAAAUAACUUACACUGAUACUAAUAAAAGCAUGGUAGAAGAUCUAAAGAACAGGAUUGAAAGGACUCUAAAGUGUAAAAUGAUGGAAUGGCGACCUCAACAACCAACACGUUGGAAUCGACAAUGUUCAUCUAGUUUGCGACAAAUCCUUCCUAAGCUAGAAGUUGGCAUAGGAAGCUUUGCUUCAGAUGAAAAAGAGAGUGAAUUUGAAAGACUACUACAACUUUAUUGGGUUGUAGGGUUUCCCAUCCAGAUGCCAUACACUGAUCUACAGUCAGUUAUUGAUGCCGUGUAUCAAACUGGAAUUCACUCUUCUGAAUUUCCCCAGACAGAAUUUGCAUUAGCUGUAUACAUCCACUCAUACCCAAGUAACAUAUUGUCUGUGUGGGUUUAUUUGGCUUCCUUAACCCAAUAUAAGUGAAAAGGAAGAAGAGAAAAGGGAAAGAUUUUGGUGUCCUUGUGGGGUCUGGAAGAAAGGGAAAUAAGA